UGCGCACUAGCACAACAAAACAGCACGCGCAAAAAAGAAGAGAAACUGCAUUGUUUACCAGAACUCUAGAGUAAAUCCAGGCACCCCCGAAACCCGAGAUGGACAUCCUUCUGGCCAACGUGAGCGGGCUGCAGUUCAAGGCGGAGCGGGACCUGAUCGAGCAGGUGGGCGCCAUCCCGCUGCCCUUCUACGGCAUGGACAAGUCCAUUGCGGCGGUCUGCAACUUCAUCACCCGCAGCGGCCAGGAGUGCGACAAGGGCAGCGCCUGCCCCUUCCGGCACAUCCGCGGCGACCGGACCAUCGUCUGCAAGCACUGGCUGCGCGGCCUCUGCAAGAAGGGCGACCAGUGCGAGUUCCUGCACGAGUACGACAUGACCAAGAUGCCCGAGUGCUACUUCUACUCGCGCUUCAACGCCUGCCACAACAAGGAGUGCCCCUUCCUGCACAUCGAUCCGCAGAGCAAGGUCAAGGACUGCCCGUGGUACAAGCGGGGCUUCUGCCGCCACGGCCCCCACUGCCGGCAUCAGCAUCUCCGGCGGGUCCUCUGCAUGGACUACCUGGCGGGCUUCUGUCCCGAGGGUCCCUCCUGCAAGCACAUGCAUCCCCACUUCGAGCUUCCGCCCCUCGCCGAACUGGGCAAGGAUCAGCUGCACAAGAAACUGCCCACGUGCCACUAUUGCGGCGAACUGGGCCACAAGGCCAACUCGUGCAAGCAGUAUGUGGGCAGUCUGGAGCACCGCAACAACAUCAACGCCAUGGAUCAUUCGGAUAGGCAUUCUGGAGGACACUCCGGCUACUCGGGGCACUCGGACAACAAUAAUGACAACAACGACAACAACCAACCGCCCAGUCACCAUGGUCACCGGGAUUCGCAUGGCCCCGGCUUCGUCAAGGUGCCCACGCCGCUGGAGGAGAUCACCUGCUACAAGUGCGGGCACAAGGGACACUACGCCAACAAGUGUCCCAAGGGCCACCUCGCCUUCUUGUCCAACCAGCAUAGUCAUAAGUAGGGACGCUCUGCUCUGUAUGAUUAGAUUGUAAGAGUGCAGAAAUAAAGGUCGAAAUGGGGGACUAUCUACUAUGGCCCCCUGAAUGGCCCACGAAGAUCGCAAGAUCCCAACUGCCGCAGGUGAACGUUUUCGAUUAUUUUCAGUUUAAGCAAGUCGGCUCGCAUUUUCCAUAAAUGUCUCAUCAACUGCCAGUAGAUCGUAUUCUGUUAUCAGCGAAAUAAACAUUCUCUAUAAGUAUCUAAAAAUUA